AUGGGAAACAAUGAGGAAUCACACAAGUCCAUGAAAGUUGAACAAAACCACCCCAUUUCUCUUUCUGAAGGAGGUGGCGGUGUUGAUACCUCCACGUCAGUUCCAUUGGCUCCGACAGCUACGGUUGUUAUGGCAUCCGGUUCUCUUAUUGCCAUUCAGCAACAACAGCAGCCCCUCAAUAAAGUUCGCAAAGUUAGGGAUGAAUUGGAUCCUGCACCACAUCAUACGCCUUCAGAUAUCAAGGUUUUAGAGAUUUUGAAACGAAUUCGUGAUGAGGGAAAUGUUGGCGAUGAUGAUGUUCCGCCUCCUAAACGAAAACCUGGGCGGUCUAAAAUGACAGAACAUCCCACUUUUGCCCGUCAGACGCCAACCCCAGUUCUUCCUCAACCAUCUUCCUUAGCUGUUACUAACACACCAUCAGUAGUGUUACAACACCCACCAGAUUCCUUCAAAGUGCCAAUUCCUGCCACGGUAGCUCCAACUACCACAAAUCUCCGUCCAAAAAGCGUCUCAUCAACCCCCACCACAACCCAAUUUCGUCCCAACGACACAACACCUCAAACCAUUCUCCUAACAACCACUAAUGGAACAACCCCAAAUAUUGUAACUCCCGGGGCUUCUCUCACUUUAAUCCAACAAAAAUCCCCAUCUAUUCAACCUGCUUCAGUGGCAGCGAAACCCCAACAAUUAGAGCUAAUCCUGCCAAAUGGACUAAGAAUUCCCGUAUCUGCAACCACUUGCGCUGCCAAGCCGGAGACUAAGUUCACUCCCAUAUCAGCUGCAAAAACAGGUUCAUUGGUGUCUCCUUCUUUGCCUUCUGCCACCACCACCACCACUACUCUAUCAUCCAGUCAAACAUCAUCAACACAACAAUUAAUAGCAUCACAGCCAUCCAGCACAACUUCAACGUCAUCAAACACCCAACAGAUUUGUUCUUGCAGUCGUUCCAAGUGCCUGAAACUCUACUGCGAUUGUUUUGCUGCUGGUAGGGCUUGUGGGGAGAGUUGUAAUUGUCGUCACUGUUAUAACAACCUCGCUGAUGAUGAGACCAAACAAACAAGAGAUGUAGCUGUAAGAACAGCUCUCUCAAGAAACCCCCUGGCGUUUAAACCGAAAAUCGAGGACUCUGGAAAACACGUUUUAGGUUGUCGAUGUAAACGGUCGCAUUGCUCCAAGGGCUACUGUGAAUGCUAUCUUGCGAAGAUUCCCUGCAAUCAACGGUGUAGAUGCCUUGGUUGCUCAAAUGAUGAAGCUUCUUCAUCGAAUCCGAGUUCCACAUCUAGUACCGCUAGUUCUACCUCGACUGUCAAACCGAACGAUGUUCAAUUGGCAUUUCUAACACCAACUCAAAUUCAACAGCUUGGGGUCUCCGCCGGUAACGCAGUUUCAUCACUCGGUGUUGUAAAAGCGAAUAUUCUCCCUACUACUAAUACAGAUGGAUCUUCAGCUAACACUCCCAGAACCUUCACCCUGAAUUGGCCCAUCAAAACACUGGCGACAGCGAAUGGGACUUCUAAUGUUGUACCUCCGUCGGCUGGCCGACAAUCCAUUGCCACUACUACAACCGAAGUGCCCUCCAUAAUUUUUCCACAAUCUUUUCUGACUGCUGUUGCCAAUCAACAGACUUCCACAUCCGUCCAGCAGGAUCUUCUAAAGUGUCUCAGUUCUGUCCUCCCUCAAUCAACGGGUGCUGCCUCGAGUACUCAGCUGAUCGUACCUAGCCUUGUUCAGGCUGCUACUGCUGCUGCUGCUGCCGCUGCUGUCUCUUCAGCUGGAGGUCAAGCUGCAGAAUGUGGCCAAGCGACCGUUUCUCAAUCUAGCAAGACUACUGAAAGUCAGAACGGUGAAGAACCAGUAAAUGGCAGAGGGGAUAACAGUGAAGAUGCUGAUAAUUAUACUGGUUACACUGAAGAAGAGUUAGCCUUCAUGCAACGGCUACAAGAAAACAGAAACAGUUCUUCUGAAGUUGCUCUCCAGGUUAAGAGUGAAGAUGCUGUUGAAGUGAAGGAGGCGGAAGAUGGCGGAUCCUCUUGUACACAUUCCCACCAUCCAUCAAGCAAUCCUCCCGCUCCUAUUCCAGAAGAACUUUCUAUAAAAUUGAAUUCGAUGCUGGCCACUCUGUGGAGAGGUUCGCAAGUUUUUAUAAAUCCGCCACCGCCGCCUGUAGAACAACAGCAUCAGGAGGUGUGCUGCCAAUCGUCGGAACGGCCUUCCUCUUUGGGUUCUCUGUCUCCACUCUCCGCUCCUCCGUCUUUGUGCCCUCCUUCUGGAGCUGAGGAGAGAGUAAAACUGCCUUCUAAAAAGCAAAGUCCCGUGGCGGAAUCCGAUCGUUUCUUCUUAGUUUCUUAUCUUGAUAUUUCACAAUUUUAUUAUCUGUUUGUCACUAUUUCCGGAUCAGAUGAAGUGCUUUUCCUGAAGCAGAAAGUCUCCGUUCUUGAGGCUCAAAUCACCCAGCUUACGGAACUCAUUCGAGCCCAGGGAGAUGUGAUGUCCCAACUCUCUGAUACAAUAGAAAGGCUUCGGCAGCAGUACCAGACCCUAUCACCAAUCACUCCCCAAUUAAAUGACUCCAUAGCAAAUAGCAAAGAUUAG